GGGAAGCGCUCCAUCGCGUUUCGCUGUCUCGAGUGCGAGUACGACAACAACUGCAUUAUUUGCCCCGACUGCUUUUUCGACUCAAACCACGUGGGUCACCGCACCAUGCUGAUCCGCACGCAGGGGGGCGCGUGCGACUGCGGCGACGCGGGCAGCUGGGAUCCGAAGGGCUUCUGCUCCAAGCACGGCAGGAAAAAGAACGACGACGCUUUUCUGUGUUUGGAAGUAGAAGAAGACGAAAGAGCUGCAGAUACCACGGCAGGAACCGGGGCGGGGACAAUGAAUAUUGCCAUGGGUGGUAGUACUAGUACUUCUACAACGAUGAAGUUGCUCGGGACGCAGACCGCGAAGCACCUGCGCGAGAAAACCUCCGAGAACCUCUUCGGUUUCCCAGACAAGGCGACGAAAGUACGCGCGGAGCAAGUGAUUGACUAUGUCGUGAAGCUCUACUCUUACAUUGUGGAGCUGGGGGAGGAGCUGGAGCUGCUCCGCAAGGUGCUCUGCCAGGUCCGGGACAGCUUCGAGUGGCACUUCUAUGAGCGCGCGCACCGGUACUGCCGCAAGGCGGUCCAGAAGAUUGUGGGUGACAAGGGGUUGGCAGCGGGGGACGGGACGAAUGAUUUGCAAAAUGGAGGCACAGUGGGUUCGGGGGACAACUCUAGUAGAGCUAUGCCGAAGAGUUCAUUCGAUCUGAACGAGGCCCUGGAUCAGAUGAUGCAGGGCGGGAACUGGGAGUGGGACCCCCAAGUAUCCGGUGCAAAAGUAAUAUCAUGCUUGUUAUUCGUCCGAUUGCAAUAAACAUUCUCGCAUAAGAACGGCGAGGAAGGGGGAAUUGGUUUUGCACAGUUCCUACUGUUUGACAAAACAGAAACCGUUUGCGAUGCUGGCUGAUGCGCUAAAAAUGCAAAAAUGCUUUUGCAGUGCAUACCAAGGUGACCUUGAUCCAACUGGAUCAGGCAAUAUGGGUGUGCGGCAGAUUGUGCAGCAAGCAGUGGUAUGCAUUGCAAACGUAUCCGAAGUAGCUCAACAUUGUUCCAAAUUGCAUGAUGACAACAUCAAGCUCAACAAGUCUUGGCACCUCCAGGAGAUGGAGGGGCAAAUAAAAGUGCAAUUUGUAGUACAACAACGAACACUGCGAUACAACUUUUGCACAGGAUGACGGGCGCAGAACAUGGUGAGCGCUGCGGCUCGCAUGGGAUUAGCAAUGGCCCCCGGCGGCGGAGCGGGAGUUCUUCCCGGAACUGCAAACAACACAACCGGGACUCAAACCGCAGCGAACACCACGAAUACUACCACCGGAGGUCGCCCGCCAAGAAUGCCAGGAACUACUGCAGCUUCCGGAGCAGGUGCAGGCGCGUCCUCUUCAAACGCACAUCAAAAUAACGCCCCUGCGUCGAGUACAAACAAGCAGGCGAAGGAGGACCGGCACGCGAAGGAGGAGAGAAAUGUCAUGGAAAAAAUGAGCACUUUGAAACACGUCGGCCGGUGCAGCGACCUGAAAAUCAAAACCGCCGACGCGAUGUUGUCCCGUGCAGAGGAGCUGAUUUCGGGGCUGGAGGCAAACAUGGAAAGUUACCGGCCGAUUUGCUAUUUGAGUGGGGCGGUUACAUCAGCCACUAGUGAAGGAGAUCAAUAUUUUGACCUCGAUAAUGAGCAAGUAGGAGGAGUAGCACCAAGGAAAACAUCGGGAGCAAAUGAGGUAGUUGCGCAUGAUCUUCAGCAACCGCAAGAACAGGAGUACGUGGAGGACAAGGAGAUUUUGAUCAACGACUUCGGCGUACUCGCCCUCUGGGAAUCCUUUUACUACGAACAGGAGCGGCACAUGCUGCAAAUCCAGGAGGAAAUCUCAUCUUGGCUGCUGAAGCGCUGCCGCAUCGCGUACGGGUUUCGUUUCAUCCUCACGCAGAAGUUGACC